CCCUCCCUAAUGCAAGACGGGGCCAGAUCCCAUCCAACACACUGUUUAAUUUUCAUGGGGUUGUGGGAUCAAAAGAACAAAAACAGCAACAACAAAAGCCCAGCCGCUGUCUGAUUUAAAACUGGCAAAGUGGGGAAAAUAAAGUGUUGAGUAAACAGAAGGAGUUGGACAUGGGGAGUUUCAAAGGUCAUGCACUGCCUGGGACCUUCUUCUUUAUCAUGGGUAUUUGGUGGAGCACAAAGACUAUUCUGAAAUAUGCCUGCAAAAAGUACAAACGGACUUCCUACCUUGGUUCCAAAGCACUAUUCCAGCGAAUAGAAAUUUUGGAGGGAAUCGUAGAAAUUGUCAUGGCUGUAACUGGCAUGCUUGGAGAACAGUUUAUUACCGGAGGGCCUCAUCUGACCUUAUAUGACUAUAAAGAGGGCCAGUGGGUUCAACUCUUGGGCUGGCACCAUUUCACCAUGUAUUUCUUCUUUGGGCUGCUGGGUGUGGCAAACAUCUUAUGUUUCACCAUAAGUGCACUUCCUAGCUCCUUAAUCAAGUUAACAUUAUCAAAUGCCUUAUUUGUGGAGGCCUUUAUCUUCUACAACCAUACUCAUGGCCGGGAAAUGUUGGACAUUUUUGUGCACCAGCUGCUGGUCUUGGUCAUCUUCCUAACAGGAAUAGUAGCUUUCAUGGAGUUCUUAAUACGGAACAAUGUAAUUCUGGAGCUUCUGCGAUCAACCCUUAUCCUGCUUCAGGGGAACUGGUUCUGGCAGAUUGGUUUUGUCCUUUAUCCCCCCAGCGGAGGUCCUGCAUGGGAUCCAACAGACCAUGAUAACAUUAUGUUUCUCACCAUAUGCUUCUGUUGGCAUUAUGCAUUAUCCCUUAUCAUUGUAGGAGUGAAUUAUGCCUUUGUCACCUGGUUGGUUAAAACGCGGCUUAAGAGGUUCUGCCCCUCGGAAGUUGGACUUUUGAAAAAUGUAGAACGAGAACAAGAAUCAGAAGAAGAGAUGUGAUUCUGAUUGGUACCUAGGCUUUCUAAAUGAACUGUUUCCUUUUUGCAUUGUUUUUGUUUAUGGUUUUCUUCUUGACCUUUUGUUUGGAGAACAAUUGGCUGAGGAUAUUCUUGGUGUCCUAUCUGUAUUUCCAAUUUUGUUAAAGUAUUUGUACUUAAUGUGUUUUAUUUUUAGGUUUGAAAAUACUUGAUAAGUUGAUUUUGCACAUCAGUCCUGGUAUUUGGGGUCUGGAGUGACUUUUCUCAGAUCAUCUAAAGUCUGAUGCUUACACUAUGAAAAGUAUUUGUUUUUUUGCCUUAUGGAGAUAUUCAAGGUUCCUGGGCUUACUACCAUCUGUAACUCUUUUUAACAUGGAAUUAUGCUUAUUGAUCUUGUUGCUGCAAUGAGAAAUAAAUGAAUGC